AUGAAUACAAUCAUGUGGAAACACUUUAAUAUCUUUAUUAUUGUUAUUCUUCUUGAACAAUGUACUUUAACAUGUCAUUUUUUAAUAUCGAGUGACUUAGAAUUAAUGCUCGUACCUUCCGUUGCUUUUCGUUAUCAUUCAGCUACUAUGGAUUUAACAGCGUCUGCUCAAUCUUCAGAUGAUUGGAUACUUUAUGCUCAAGGUUGGCUAUUUAAAGCAAAUCCAUUUCGUUCAAUACUUGCUACAUCUGCUCUUUCAACAACUGCUGGUGAUGCAGAAGAAAUUCGUGUAUCUUAUUUUACAGCAAGUGGUAAAAAAAAUAAGCCAUUAUGUAUUGAAGGUUUGAAACGUGAAAUGUGUGCAAAAACUGAUAAAGAUGGUUUAAUUAAAAAACAAUUUAAAGUAUCAAAUAAUGAUAUUGAACAAUUUCGUAUUCCGGGUGGAACUGGAGGAAAAGUAGAAUAUACUGUAUCAACAACCGAUAAAACAAUUCAAGCAAAAGGUGAAAUUUUUUUAUGCGAUGACAAUGGAAUCUCAAUAAUUAGUGAUAUCGAUGAUACAAUUAAAAUAACUGGUGUAACAAGUGUUCGUUCUGUAAUUCGAAAUACAUUUUCUGGUGAAUUUAAAGCAGUACCGGGUAUGUCUGAACGUUAUCGUCAUUAUGAAUCAUUAUAUAAUGCAACAUUUCAUUAUUUAACGGCUUCACCCGAUCAAUUAUAUCCAUUUUUACGUGAAUUUUUUGAUCGUGAACAAUUUCCAUUAGGUUCAUAUCAUAUGAGACAUUUUACAUGGUUGGAUUCAAAUUUUUUUCAAUUUUUUGCAUCAAAAUCAUUUAUAAAACAAAAAACAAAUAUUUUACGUAUGUUUUUUCAAGAAACUCGAUCAAGACAAUUUAUAUUAUUUGGUGAUAUUUAUCAAAAAGAUCCAGAAAUUUAUGCAAAUAUUUAUGAAGAAUAUCCUGAAAGAAUUUUAAAAAUAUUUAUACGUAUUUCAAAGAAAAAAAUUACCAAUCGAUUAAACAAUGUAUUUAAACAUAUACCAAAAAAUAAAUGGGCUACCUUUUUUGAUGGUUAUGAUUUACCUGAAACAAUUUUUUAG